AUGGACUAUAUUCAAUGUGAUUUUUUGAUUAUAACAGUACAAAAUUCAAUACGUGUAAGGGGGAUAGCUCGAAGCAUCGGUACUUUUUAGUUAUAAUCAGUCUUGGCACUGCCCUCACAGUAAUCUUUUAACUUGAGUGAAAUCGCUUUGCGUCAGCAUCAGUUGAGACCAGUUCAUUGGAAGCGCCGUCCGAAGCAUUGAUUAAACACGAAAAAUGAAAACUCUUAUUUCACUGAUGAUGUUUAUAACGCUUUCUGUGUGUUUAGAAGUCAAUGAAUCCUGUAUUACACCCUGCAAUGCACCUGGAAAGUGUGUUCCUGUGCGAAACUGCGAACAUGCACGGAAAAUCAUACAAAAACCUAACGCGACAUAUCGGGAUUCGCAAUACUUGGUUGAGAGUAGAUGCGGAACAAUGUCUGGGUCCAGACCAAUACCAUUGAUAUGCUGCCCAAAUUUACUCAAUCCCGAUCGAUGUGGUGCGCUAGAUUUUGCAAACCGAAUACUUGGAGGAGAAGUCACAGAGAUCGGAGAACAUCCAUGGGCUGCGUUACUUAUUUACGAUUUGGGAGGGAACCGAUUUUCACCAAAGUGUGGAGGAUCCCUGCUUAAUUCGCGUUACGUGUUAACCGCCGCUCAUUGUAUUAGGGAUGUCCCGAAGAAAUGGAAGUUACAUAGAGUUCGACUUAGUGAGUGGAAUACCAUCAGUAAAGAAAACUGCACUACCGUAAACAAUGAGCAAAUCUGUCGAAAAGAUUUCGAAGUUGAAAAAAUCAUUGUUCAUCCAAAUUACGAUUUGAAGGUGAGAAACAAGCAACAUGACAUUACGUUACUAAAGCUAGCUACAGAAGUGGUAUUUGACAAGUACGUACGACCUAUUUGUUUGCCACUAGAUGACACUAUCGGAGAAAUGCCCAUAGACGACGAAGAUUUUACGGUUACCGGUUGGGGACAGACUGAAACAGAAUUCAGGAGUGCUGUUCAGUUGCACGUGGAUUUAGUUGGAAGAAAUAAUGAAGUGUGCGAUGAAGCAUUUGCCAUAGCCAACAUCUCACUAGCUGAUACGCACAUCUGUGUGGGCGGCGAAAAGGGCAAGGAUUCAUGCAAGGGUGACUCGGGUGGACCAUUGAUGAGGCUAGUACACGGUGUUUGGUAUCAAGUUGGUGUUGUAAGCUUCGGAUCCAGGUUUUGCGGUUCGGAAAAUUUUCCGGGGAUCUAUACUAAUGUGGCAAAAUAUCUGAAUUGGAUAGAAGAUACUGUGAAUGAGAGUCACUGCGAAACUAGCGAAGAAGAUUACUGAUUGGAUAAAGGUGACGAUAGCAGACGGAAAUAAACCAACAAUAACGACAUUAUUUUAUUCAGAGUUAAGCCCUGUCCGCAUUAGGCCGAUCCGACCGAUCCGAGCUC